GUAAAAACUUCAAGUUCCAAUAUUUAUUUUAAAACUUAUUUUGUUGAAUAAGUUAUUCUUACAAACUUACUCUAGACAAUUGUAAAAAUCAUAUUUCAUAAUGCCUAAAAUUAAAGCUGAGAAAAAAUCAAGAAUUCACAAUGAAGUUGCUAAGCAAGGAAUUCAAUUUAACAAAGAUUUUGGGCAGCAUAUAUUAAAGAACCCUCUUAUUAUUACUUCUAUGUUGGACAAAGCAGGUCUGAGACCCACAGAUGUUGCACUUGAAAUUGGUCCAGGUACUGGUAAUAUGACAAUGAAAAUGCUUGAUCGAGUCAAAAAAGUAGUUGCCUGUGAAAUUGAUACAAGGUUGGUUGCAGAACUUCAAAAGCGUGUUCAAGGUACACCAUAUCAAGCCAAACUACAGAUUCUAGUUGGUGAUGUCUUAAAAACAGAAUUACCAUUUUUUGACAUAUGUGUUGCAAAUAUACCUUAUCAAAUAAGUUCACCAUUAGUGUUUAAACUGCUCCUUCACAGACCAUUCUUUCGAUGUGCAGUUUUAAUGUUUCAACAAGAAUUUGCACAGAGAUUAGUUGCAAAACCUGGUGAUAAAUUGUAUUGCAGGUUGUCAAUCAACACCCAACUCUUGGCCAGGGUUGAUAUGUUAAUGAAGGUGGGUAAAAAUAACUUCAGGCCACCACCAAAAGUUGAAUCAAGUGUAGUUAGAAUAGAACCAAGAAAUCCACCUCCACCAAUAAACUUUGUAGAAUGGGAUGGUCUGACAAGGAUAGCAUUUGUUCGAAAAAACAAAACUUUGGCAGCUGCAUUCAAACACAAUACAACAAUGGCUGUACUUGAUAAAAAUUAUAGAGUACAUUGUUCUUUACACAACAAGGAAAUACCAGAAGAUUUUGAUAUGAAAGAAAAAGUGCAAAACAUAUUAACAGCAGCUGAGGCUGAUCAAAUGCGAGCAAGGACAAUGGAUGUAGAUGAUUUCAUGAAAUUGUUACAUGCUUUUAAUUCAGAAGGAAUACACUUUGCUUAAUAA